AUGUCGAAAACCACUCGUGUUGGCCAGAUCUUGGCUGGUCUUGCCUCGCUUUCCGCGACUGCUUUGUGCGCAAACUCCACACUCUUCCAAGGUGGCACCAUCAUCACAUUUGAUGAAGCUUCUCAGCUGCCCAAGGCAUUUCGUGACUCCUCGUUACUCGUGACUGGAGAUACAAUCACCAAGAUCUUCGACAGCUCCGACAAUGUCACCCUUCCUGCCGACACCGAGAUCAUCAAUGUCCAAGGCAAAAUCAUCUCACCUGGCUUUAUCGAUACACAUCGUCACAGUUGGCAGACCGCCUACAAGACUUUGGGGUCAAACACCAGUCUGGCAGAAUACUUUGGUCGCUACGGCGAGUUCACUCAAGCUGGGACUGUUUUCGGACCAGACGACAUUUACUACGGUACUCUUGCUGGACUCUACGAACCUUUGAAUGCAGGUGUCACAACCAUUCUUGAGCAUGCUCAUGGUACUUUCUCCAAUGCAACAUCGCGCGCAUACCUCGAUGCUGUGAUGGAUAGUGGUGUGAGGAUGGCCUUCUGCUAUGCUUUCCAUGAAUUGAGCAACGGCUUCUCAUUCGAGGAGCAGCUUGCCAAUUUCGCUGAUCUUAUGAAGAAUGAGAGACUCAACUCGCAGGAUCUGGUUCAAAUUGGUAUCGCAUACGAUGCUUUCAUCCAAGACAACAACAAUACCCAAGCUAUUGUCGACCUGGUAAACAACAACAAUGUCUCAGCACUCACCAUGCACUUCCUCGGUGGUCCCUGGGGAAACACAAACUCUCCUAGCAAGCUGGAUCAACUGGGUCUCAUGAACUCCACUACCCCGAUCGUUUUCUCGCACGCAAGUUAUGUCACCACCGAUGAUGCUGAACUUCUUCGCAAGUACGACCAGUACAUCAGCACAACGCCCGAAUCAGAAAUGCAUUACGGCCAUGGUCAUCACUACAACCCUUUGAUUCAAGACCAAAGUGCACUUGGUGUUGAUACACACUUCACCUUUUCCACGGACAUCAUCACUCAGGCCCGCAUCUGGCUGCAAAGCACCCGCCUUCGCUUCUUCUACCAGGCUCUUGACAAUUGGAACAUCCCUCGCAAUAACCCUAUGUCUGCCAACCAAGCUUUCACUCUCGCGACUCGCUCUGGUGCUCUGGCUCUUCGUCGUCCUGACCUAGGUGUCCUUGCAACCGGAAACAAAGCUGAUGUAAUCGUCUUCGAUGGCGAUUCACCCAACAUGCUCGGCUGGUCCGACCCUGUUGCAGCCGUCAUCUUACAUUCAAAUGUUGGUGAUAUUCGUCAUGUCAUGGUCGGUGGAGAAUGGCGCAAGAGGGAUGGUCAGCUUAUCACCAAGCAGAAUAGGACUGACGUCCAGACCAAGUUCCUUGAGUCGGCCAAGCGUAUCCAGAAAAUCUGGCUCGAGACUCCCCUGCCUGAGAUGCAAGGCGAAUUUGGCGGUCUGUCGCACGUUGAGUAUGUUGACGCUUUCACUGUGGAUGCUGUUCGAGGAAACGGUACAGGAUAUUGA